CCGUGGGAACAGGAGCUGGGUAGGGCCGACUCAUUCAUCUGACGGAGACCAAGGGACCUGGGGAGUGCCGUAUUCUGCUGUGCGUCUGGCGAUCGUCACCCAGGCUGGGGCUUCCGGGGCAGGAGAGGACCCCCGGCCCCUGGAAGCGCUGGUCCGGGGGACUGGGCUCCCCACAUCUUCACAGAGCAUGAGCCCCCUUCUGCCGCUGCUGCUGGGCUUCAGCCUGGGCUGCACCGGAGCAGGUGGCUUUGUGGCUCACGUGGAAAGCACUUGUUUGUUGGAUGAUGAUGGGACUCCAAGGGAUUUCACAUAUUGUAUCUCCUUCAACAAGGAUCUGCUAACCUGCUGGGAUCCACAGAAGGACCAACUAACCCCUGUUGAAUUUGGGGUACUGAAUCCCUUGGCCAGAAGCAUCUCAGAGUACCUUAACCAAAGUGAUACCCUGCUGCAGCGCCUGCGCAAUGGGCUCAAGAACUGUGGCACACACACUCAGCCUUUCUGGAAAUCACUGACCCACAGAACACGACCACCAACUGUACAAGUAGCCCAAACUACUCCUUUUAACACAAGGGAGCCCGUGAUGCUGGCUUGCUACGUGUGGGGCUUCUACCCAGCAGAUGUGACCAUCACAUGGAUGAAGAACGGGCAACUUGUCAUCCCUCAUAGCAGUAUGGAGAAGACUGCGCAGCCCAAUGGAGACUGGACAUACCAGACCCUCUCUCAUUUAGCCCUCACUCCCUCUUACGGGGAUACAUACACCUGUGUGGUGGAGCACAUUGGGGCACCUGAGCCCAUCCUACAGAACUGGACACCUGGGCUGUCCCCCACGCUGACGGUGAAGGUUGCUGUGUCGGUAGUGACUCUGGGUGUGGGCUUCAUCGUCUUCUCCCUUGGUUUGAUCUGCUGGCGGAAGUACGGCUUCUCUAGCUACACUCCCCUCCCUGGGUUCAAUUAUCCGGAAGGACGGCACAUUACCUAGAGGCAGACUUCUGUACGUGCAAACUCCUGAAGGUGACACCGUGACCACCCCCGAAAUCGUCACACCUCCAAGUUUUCUUGGAUUCCUGCCCGCCAAGUUCUUUGAGUGUGCCAGCCCCACCUCCAGUGUAAACCUUGUAGCUUGAGGAAACUAAUUCCUGGGAAUGUUCCGUACCCACUUAUCAUCCAAAAUUGUAUUUCUUUGGUAAAUGUAAUCUGGAGAGGGAAGUUUAAGGCCCUCCUGGGUUCCCCGUGUGCCACAGAGAGUGAUGAGUCACUGGUGACUGUCUCUGGGGAAUAAACUCCGGUGCAUA